AUGUCACACAGGAGCAUCUCCUCCGUGACUCUGCUCGUCUUCUGCCUGCUCGCAUCUGUAAGCUGCAAGUUUCCGAGUUUGGACCACAUCGAACCAACAGCCAGCGACAAGGCGCAAACCCGAGCCGUGUACGAGCUGCUGAAGCGGCUGGUGGGGGACAGAUCCUCGGAGUUCAUGGUGUCGGUCAACAGGAGCCUCUCCAACGACAGCCUGGACGUGUGUGAGCUCAGGUCCACCAAAAACAACAAGAUAGUGGCCGCUGGCAGUACCGGGGUGGCCGUGGCGUCUGGAGUCUACAACUAUCUGAAAUAUUUCUGCAACUGUCACGUGUCGUGGUCUGGGGACCAGCUGGAUGUGCCCAGUCCUCUGCCCAGACUCACCGGGGUCCUCCGGAUCAGCUCGCCCCACAGAUUCCGGUAUUAUCAAAACGUCUGCGCCUUUAGUUAUUCUGCUGUGUGGUGGGACUGGCCAAGAUGGGAAAAGGAGAUUGACUGGAUGGCGCUCAAUGGGAUCAACUUGCCGCUGGCUUUCACUGGUCAAGAAGCUCUGUGGCAGGAGGUUUAUCGUGCUCUUGGAUUAAAUGAGUCGGAGAUUGAGGAGUUCUUCUCUGGACCAGCAUUUCUUGCCUGGAACCGCAUGGCAAACAUGAACAAGUUUGGUGGGCCUCUGCCACAGUCCUGGCAUGUGAACCAACUGUACCUCCAAUUUAAAAUUUUAGAGCGCAUGAGAAAUUUUGGCAUGAUGCCUGUGCUGCCAGCGUUCUCUGGAAACGUUCCCAAAGGAAUUCUCAGGUUGUAUCCAAAAGCUAACGUAACCAGACUGAAACCUUGGGCUCAUUUCAACUGCAGCUUCUCAUGCUCCUACAUCUUAGACCCACGGGAUCCACUUUUUCUCCAGAUUGGCUCUCUCUACCUGUCCCAGGUGGUAAAACAGUUUGGCACAGAUCAUAUCUACAACACGGACACGUUUAAUGAGAUGACGCCGCCGUCGUCUGACCCCGUGUAUCUGUCAGCCGUGAGCCGCUCUGUGUUUGCCUCGAUGACCGCAGUUGAUCCUGAUGCAGUUUGGCUGAUGCAGGGCUGGCUGUUCUUCAGUGAUUCCACCUUCUGGAAGCCAGCACAGAUCCAGGCUCUGCUGCGAGGAGUACCCCUUGGAAGAAUGAUUGUGCUCGACCUAUUUGCAGAGGCUAACCCAGUCUUCUCGUACACAGAGUCUUUCUAUGGACAACCCUUCAUCUGGUGUAUGCUGCAGAACUUUGGAGGAAACAAUGGGCUUUUUGGCACAGUGGAAAGCAUCAAUUCCGGACCAUUCCAAGCCAUGAGCUUUCCAAACUCCACUAUUGUAGGAAUAGGCAUGACACCUGAGGGUAUUGAGCAGAAUCCUGUUGUAUACGAGCUGAUGAGUGAACUAGCUUGGCGCAAAGAGCCUGUCAACUUGGCCAAGUGGGUGUCUCUAUAUGCAGCACGCCGCUACGGCAGGAUGGAUGCUAACCUGACCGCUGCAUGGAAGCUCCUAUUUUUUGGUGUGUACAACUGCACCGUGCCUCAUUAUAAAAACCACAACCAUAGCCCACUUGUGCGCAGGCCAUCGUUUCACAUGAAUCCUGACCUUUGGUACGACCCAGCUGAUUUAUUUGAAGCCUGGAAACUGUUCAUGGAAGCAGCUCCUUCUCUUAUGUCCAAAGAGACCUUUCAAUAUGAUCUUGUGGAUGUGACCAGGCAGGUCCUUCAAGUCCUAACAACGUAUUAUUACAAGGAUAUCGCUGAUGCUUUCCACAAUAAAAAAAUGUCCGAGCUGCUGACCGCCGGAGGCGUGCUGAUUUACGACCUCUUGCCUGAGCUGAAUCGUUUGCUGAGCAGCAACAGCAACUUUCUGUUGGGGUCUUGGCUGGAGCGAGCACGAUCCAUGGCUCUGAAUGAGAGGGAGGCGCAGCUUUACGACAUGAACGCCAGAAACCAGGUCACCCUGUGGGGUCCCAGUGGUGAGAUCCUGGACUACGCAAAUAAAGAGUGGGGGGGCCUUAUGGAAGACUACUACGCUCAGCGAUGGGGGCUUUUUGUCCAAACACUGGUGGAGUGUCUGGACAGUGGACAGCCAUACAAGCAGGACAUCUUCAAUCAAGCAGUUUUCCAAGUUGAGAAGGGUUUCAUUUACAACGGCAGAAAGUACCCAACUAAACCUCAGGGAGACACUUACGAGAUCACCUACAGAAUCUUUCUCAAGUACUACCCACAGGCCAUGAAGAGACUACUAUGAACAGAGACUACAACUUGUAUCAAGUCAUAGCCUCCUUUUUUUUACUUUC